ACUGGGGACAUCUGCUAUCCUGGUCCCUACCGGGUGUAAAAUGUAUAGGCCUACACACUCGACUGACUGAUGGCCAAGGAGACCAUAGGGAGAGGAAUGGAGGAGGAGGUCCCCUACACUUCGGUGGUGUUUUACUCAAACACUUCUGCAUCUAAAGGUCUUGAUAUUCGCCGUCAGGAGGCAGACACUGUGUAUGAAGAAGUCAAAGUUCAGAACGGUGCCCUGGAGCAGACGACCCCUGCUGGUGGGAACGAUCAGAAACAUAGGCCUACUUGUAAGUAUGUGGCCUUAUGUUUGGGAAUCAUCUGUGUAAUUCUGACAUCUCUGCUCAUCUCCUAUUAUUUAUUCAUUUUUAAAGGAAAUCAUGAGUUGGUAAGUCAAUUGCAAGAAUUAAAAGAAAACCAAACAACACUGCUGGCAUAUCAAGACCACCUGGAGGCAGUUGUUGGAAACCUCACAUCAUCCAAUGAAAACCUGGUGAGGAGUCACAGCAACCAGAGCAGAAGCUGUGACGUUUUUAUCAACGAAAACCAGGAUCUAAAGACAGAGCUAACCGAACUAAAAGAAGCCAAUAGGCUCACCGACACCUGUGCUCAGAAGACCAUUGACACAUACUGCCGCACCAAACAGGGCCAGAGUCCAAUGUGUAGACCUUGUGAAACUGGAUGGGUAAAUGGUAAUUCCAGCUGCUCUGUGAUUGUGGACGAUGAUGUUGAAGGGAAGACAUGGGCUGAAGCCCGGGAGGACUGCAGGGGAAGGAGAGCAGAUUUGGUCGUAAUAGACAAUGAAGAGGAACAGAAUCUCGUCACUUAUAACAGCUCCAGUUCUACAAGUGAUAUUAAGGGCUACUGGCUGGGCCUGUCAGACACGGCUGGGAAUGGGACAUGGAGCUGGGUAGACGGGACCAACGUGACCCUGAAACUCUGGACCAGUACCAACGACACCACCUCCAGUCCCCGCUGUGCAGUAACACGGGAAACUGGAUGGAGUGGUGUGAACUGCACGGCCAAAAACCAUUGGAUAUGUGAAAAGAAGCGGCUCUCUGUUUAGCUCUCACUCCCAGGUCGGGAAGAUACACUCUGUUCUAGGCAUAUGUGUUCAUAUUUGGCUUUAUUUUAGGAGCUUGAAAGAAAUCCACUUGGAUCUCCACAAUUUAUGUUUCAAUGUUGGCUUUUUAAAUGUGUAUAGAAUGUGCCUUAACCAUAAGCAUUCACAAUGAAACAGACAGCUUUUUUUUGGCGUGUGUAUUGGGAAACAAUGCUUGUGUCCAAAAAUGUUUGCAUAUUACUCAAUAUGAAUAAUUUUGAAUAUGUUGUAUGCUUGGAGAUAUGUCUCAACGGGUUUAUUUUACCUGGCAUUCGUUACUUUUCUUUUUUGUCCAAUAAAACUAUCAAUACCAUUCUAAAAGUUAUUAUUGCAUGUGUGUACACAUCUACUAGUCUACCUCGUCUCUGUAGUGCAGGUGGUAGUAUC